AUACGUUGAUAUCCAUAGAUAUGAUGGUUCGCUCGAAUUAUAUUAUUCCCGCCAGCCCGAUCAUGCUUCCCACGAGCGGGCCAAGAAGCAAUGGCCGUCAGCAUCGAUGCUUGGCGUAGCGCGAACGCACCCUUCUCAUGGGGUGGGCCAUGCAUGUGCCCAAAAUCGCAACAAUCGGAAUGGCGGGAGCCUUGCUCGUAUCAUAUCUUGUCGGUCCUGAACAUGAGAAACUCCGUCGUGGCACUGUGUUUCCUCGGAUUCCGCUUUGCUAUGCCAAAGAAAAUGAACGUUGCUCGGCUAGGCACGCCUCGCGGAAACAUUCCACGUCCUUUCGUGAGGCAAUGGUGGGAUGAAUGUACCGCACACAGCCACUCAACUUGUCACGCAAAUUCAAGGCAUUGUCCUUUCAUUGAUACAAUCAAAGCCCACCUAUCCGUGCACUGCCGCUAGAUCACCGACUGCUAUGAGCGACGACAGCGCACGGAUAUUGUCGUGAUGAUGUCGAG